AUGGACUUUGAGAAGGCGAAGGACGAUGCGGGAGAAGAAAGAGGAGGAGGAAAAGGAGGAGUUGUCUUCGCGUUAGACGCAGAGCUCGCGCGCGAGUUUUUGUUCGAGUGCGAUUGCGCGAACGCGAUACGGUUGACCGUUCCCGUGCAGUUGGAAAGGAAAACUUCUUUGCCGAGUGGUGAAAGGUGUUCAAAAAAAGUUAGUACCGCGGUUUCGAUUCGAUCAAUCCGCGAGAGUUUCGCGACGUUUUGCGUGAACGUGCGACGGUUGAGUCUCGUUGGGCACUCGGUUCGAACUCUAGAAGAUUUAGAACCGCUGAGGAAGCUCCUGUUUUUGUACGAUUUGAAAUUGCAAACGAUCGAUGGGCAGUUUGCGAAUCCCGUGUGCGAGGUUUUCGGGUACAGGAAAAUAGUGAGCGAGGACGUGUGCGAAGGGCGGUUGGUGUAUUUAGAUGGCGCGAAAGUUGGAAGCGGAGGGACGAGUAUGCUGGAAAGGUCGGUAGAGAGGGCGAGACGAGAAGUUUCGGAAUACGAGGCGGUAAGGAAAAUGAAUAAAGAGGGUAAGCGUACGAGCGAGCGUUUGAGUCAACGCGACGUCGAAGCGAAACGCUCGGCGUUGGCAACGACAUCUGAAAUACGUUUCAACCUUCCGAACGACCAAGUAAGACACUUAAAGCGUCUAUUUAGCAAAUUCGACGACAUAUACGCCGCGGCGAACGAUUUACAAACGCGAGUAAAAAAAUCCUUAGGCGUUUGA